AACGGUUCAACUAAACCAGACUACAUGCUUAAACCCUCACCCAAGUUUAGAAGCUGCAAAAACCCUACGGCUUGUCAUCGUCAUCAUCUUCCUCCUCUGCGGAUCGGAUCUCAAUGUUCGCUGCUUCAAUGAGAGCACUAAUCUCUCCCUUCUCUCUUCACCUUCCUAAAACUUCUCUCUUCUCAACGGCUCUUCGCGCGCAUAGUUCGUCCGCAUCUAAGCCGUCCUGCUCCUCCUCCGUCUCUUAUCCUGGAGAGAUAUACGUCGUCGUCGGCCCAAUGUUCUCCGGCAAAACCACGACGCUUCUCCGCCGAAUCCUCGCGGAGAAGGAAACCGGGAAGAGGAUAGCCGUGAUCAAAUCGGAUAAAGACACACGGUACUGCGCCCAUUCGAUAGCGAGCCACGACGGAGAGAAGCUCCCUUGCUGGUCCCUUCCGGAUCUAUCGCGUUUCAAGGAGAGAUUCGGUUACGACGCGUAUAAGAAUCAGUUAGACGUGAUCGGGAUCGACGAGGCUCAGUUCUUCAUCGGAGACGAUCUAUACGAGUUCUGCCGCGAGGCUGCCGACGAGGAGGGGAAGACGGUGAUCGUGGCGGGACUGGACGGAGAUUAUCUGAGGAGGAGGUUCGGGACGGUGCUGGAUUUGAUUCCGAUCGCGGAUUCGGUGACGAAGCUGGCGUCGAGGUGUGAGUUGUGUGGGAAGAGAGCUUCGUUUACGUUGAGGAAGACGGAGGAGAGAGCGACGGAGUUGAUCGGAGGAGCGGAUGUGUAUACGCCUGUGUGUAGGAGUCACUAUGUUAGCGGUCAAGGCGUUUUGGAGUCCUCUCGUGCCUUUUGGAUUCGUCUUUACAAACGCUACGCGGGACUUUAGUAGCAACGAGUCUAUCCCGCCAUUAUAGUAGGCGUUUUGCUUAGCGUAUUCGUAACCCUCCAGACGGUCUAGAGGCUUUUAAUGUACUACUAGUUUAAUUAACAAAGGUUAUGGAUUUAAUCCAGCUUAAUUAAACCUA